CAAGCUGAAAAUACCACGGACUUUGACGCCCAGUACGCACUCUUCACUCAGCAAAAGGAGAAAACGGCCGCGCAAAAUUUAAACAACUCGAAAUAUUUACACCGUCGAGACUCGCGCUGAAUCUCUCUCUCUCUCUCUCUCUGGCAUACCGUUAAGAGGUUGCUUCUCGCGCGUCAGUUAUAUAUGAACCUGUUGGGUGAAUGUUGACGAAAGUGGCAGCAAAACGCCCGGGGAAGGCCUGAAUCUAAUGGCUUUCACGUUCUAUCGCGCGUUCGAAGAGGAGGAGAUAGCACAGAAUGAGCAGCGGAUACGCGUCGGUGAAAAACAAACGAUAAGGAGUUAAGGACUGCGAUUCGUUGCUGAGCCAUCUCGAUGUAAGAACUCGGACUAUCUCCUAAGAAGAAGAAUCGUGGGCGGCAGAAACUGGCCUUGUCCCUCAAGACGAGCAACACCCACACACGCCUAUACUUUUAUUUUGUUUCCCACUCGCUGUCUGUGCGUACGCGGUCUCUGCUAUACUGCGGCAGAGAGGCUCUGAAACCAAACCGUAGGACGCUGUGAAGAUAAAACUAAUUAACUAAGUGGUGCAAGAAACAAAUGGAGAGGGACGAAUGUAACCUACUCGUGAAUCAUGUGUAACCUGACCUGAGGAUGGGUGAAGAAAACACGACAGUGACGACACCACCUUAAAAGUUUCUUCUGCGUUGCAAAUCGACAACGGCCACGAGUGUCUGACCGUCAUGGCGAUGCUCAGAUCAAUUAUGGUACUGCUCGCGAUACAGGAUGUCGUGGGCCAGGAGGAAUACCUGUGGUGCUACGAGUGCGGCACAGGCGUCCAGGGGGAGCCAGACUGUUUAGUCUUCUCCUUAGCGUCCUCCUGGAAGCUCUUCUGGCGGAAGUGUCCCGGGGACAGCGUUUGCGUCAAGACUAUGAACAGCUGGGAAAUCGGCAAUGAGCUCAGCGCGGUCAGGGGUUGCACGCCCAAGGUCAGUCUGUCGGGAGCCGCCCAUCAGGAAGGGUGCUGGACCCACGGAUCCACAGCCACCGUCACCUGUUACUGCUCGAGCAACCUCUGCAACGGCGCCCCCCUCUGUCGCACGCCCAUCUUCAGUUACGUUCUCAUGGUGAUCAACUGCCUCCUUCUGCUGGCAUUCUACAGAUCGUGACAGUGUUGCUUUUUGCUGUUGCAAGUCGAUGUAUGUUCAAACUGCCUUUUUUUAUUUAUUUUUUUUAAAGCGAUAAACAUUUAUUCUUAAUGUUGCAAUAGUUUUUUUUAUAGUAAAUCUUUAAUGAUCUGUUUAGGGUCGGAAUAACAGAUCUGGUACUAAAUUCACUCCAACAAUAAAUACUUUACGCUGCCAUUUUAUCUAAAACGAUAAACAUUUAUUCUUAAUGUUGCAGAGCUGGUACUAAAUAUUCACAAAACAAAACAAAAAAAUAAUUUCACUCAUAUGCUUUAUCUCACUGAGUUAAAACACAUCUACAUUCGACUAUCUUUUCCACUAGUCCUGACUUAUCAGACUGUAUCAGUUAUUACCUCUAUAUUCAUUCCCACGCUGGACAUUCUCUUCGCUCAAUAAAAAUUCCACAGAUGGCACACAAAUGUUAUGUCCAUAAAACAUAGAUCGUAAAAAGAUAAAGCGCUAACAUAAUAAAAUUCUAUCAAGGGAAACUUGUGAGGAAAAUGCACAAAAAAAAGAAAGAAUUAGAAUUAUACACUCUAACACAUUAAUAUAUGUUAACGAAAACUUCAAACCGUUCGAUAUGUUGACUAGCGUGAACGUUUCUUGUGAGCAUUUUUUUAAUUUACCAUUCCAAUGAAGCUCUUUAUAUACAUAUAUAUAAUUAUAUUAUAUGAUCGUUAAAAUUUUAAUAAGUAUUGUCAUACAUUUAUAAUAUAUAUAUAUUGCUGGAUUUUUUACAGAUUUAUUCUAAAGUUACUUUUAGAACUUAUUCCUCCAUUUACUGAUUAGUUAAAUCAAGGAGUGUUCAGGUUAAUCGCUUUAUAUAUGUAU